AACAUGUCCGUACCCUCCUUAAUUCCUCCUUGCAAAUUCCAUUUUCAAAAUCGCCGGUUGCAACUCAGAAUCGCCGCAAGCACCCGCCUCUCGCACCCGCCUUCUUCAAAUGUCAAGCUCAGAGACAAUUCAACUUUGCCGUCCAUGUCUGACAUUCUCGAAGCUUCCAGAGCCCAGAAGCUGGACCUUCAGCUCCGAACGGUGGGGCCCUUUUUCAGAAUCACGGCCAAGAGCUUGGAGAGCCAGAACGAGGUGGGAAGGGCUGAGGGGAUAAUUAGGGUGUGGCUAGGAGGCAGAAUUCUUCACUUGGACUCCAUGAAGCUCCAACGAGAAACGAUCGGGAUGGAGAAAUCCAUCUUCGGGAUAGGAUUGUUCAUCGGAGCUUUGGCCAUUCGAUAUGGCUAUGAUUGCGGCUGCAAAAAAGCUGAGUUGCUCGCCAUUAAUGAUUCUGAUCUUUACCAUUCCAAGCUGGUUAGGUUCUACAGCAGAAUCGGAUUCAAGGCCGUGCAUGAAGUGAGUGGAUCAUCAGUUGGGGACUUAGGGCACAUGUUAAUGUGGGGAGGAAUAGGCACCCGCAUGGAUGCCAAUAUUGAAGACCUUAUGAUUAAAUGGUGCUCCAGAUUCACACCUAAGACCUGAUGAUUCUUAUCCCUUCUGUCUCACUGUGCAUGCAAAGUUUAGUUUAUUUUUGGUUUAGACACCAAAUUAAUUAAGAGAAUUAUGAAUAGCGUGUCUUUUUACAUUUUUAUAUAUGUAUACUUAGAUUAAUUACAUCCUCUUGUAUAAAAUAAGGUUUGUAGAGCAACUCCCCAUCAUAUUACCCUAUGUUUUUAUUUAUUUUCUUAUUUAUGAUGGUUUUUUUUUUUUUCAUGUAGUUAACAGGCUAGUUCAGUAGUUUGUUAAUUUCGUUAUUUUUCUCUGUUUGAAAUUAUUCAUGUUUCAUUGAAGAUUAGCCCGAGAGACUAGGUGAAAUGAGACACAUUUAAGAAAUGUUCCUUUCAUUUCGUGCGCAGCAAUGUAGGUGAAGUGAAAAAGUGUAAUCCAUAUGAUUGUCGUUCCUUAUAAUGCAAGUAAUAUUUUCAUUCUCUUUUUUUCCAAGAAA